AAACGUCAUUUUUUAAACUUAAUACUAGUAUUUAUUGUAAGAUGUAUUAAAACUAAAAGUCUAUUGUAUUUGUGCCGUUGUACUUUAAUAAAAAAUGGAAUACACAAAGGUGGAAGACCAAAUAACUUUAUCAGCACUAAAAUUCGUAUGUGGCGAAAAUGAACACGUCUGUAGGUUAUGUUUAUCACCUACCAAUAACAAAUAUAUAAAUAUAGAAGACACCGUUAAAUUACAGACACGUUAUUACGAAAAUUCAAUUUCGUAUCAAAGUAUGCUUGGAAUAUUAAGUGUACCAGAGGAACCUCUAUUACCUCAAAUUCUCUGCAAGAGUUGUGCGAAAAUAACUGUUAAUUGUUACUUAUUCCAACAACUCCGUCAGUUCUCUAUGGAUAAAUGGGUAAAAGUAUUACAGCUUCUGAAAAAUUCACUUUCUCAAUUGGAUACACUCAAGACAAAUACUCAAACUGUGUUUUUAAUUUUAAAUAAGACUGAUAAUCUCGUUUUCACGAAUCAUAAAAGCUAUGAAGUUAAACCAAAGAAGGUAGCCAUUUUAAAAGAAAUAAUGAAAAGUUGCCGGAAAUAUGUUCAGGCCCAACAAAAAUUGAAAGAAUGCUUUUGUAAUGAAUGUGGCGAAAAAUUUCCUAAUCAGUUUCUUUUAGUAAAACAUAUAAAGGGUCACAAUAAAACACAUAACCCAUGCAAGGAAUGUCCUAAGUCUUUUUCUACACCAAUACAGUUACAAGAGCAUAUGGAAAGAGUGCAUUAUCCAAAGACUUUGCAAUGUGACAAAUGCUCAUACAUGUCUAGCACACUGAAGAUAUUAAAAUUACAUGAAAAUCAUUACCACAUUCCAGCUAAGUGUAAAUUGUGUAACAUUGAAUUUGUAUCAAGAAAGGCACUUCGAGGUCAUCUGGACAAUCACAAUGCCAAAAUGUGUUCACUGUGUGACAAAAAAUUUCUUAAUAUACAUAAUUUUAAAAUACAUGUUAAUAGAUGUGGAAUAACAGGAUAUAAGCCAGAGAGAUACAUUUGUGAUAUUUGUAACAAAUGUUACAGUAGCAAAAAUGGACUGAGGUCACAUUUAAAGACUGACCAUGGAUUUGGGAAGGUAUUAUCUUGUAACUGGUGCAAUAAGAAAUUUGAUGCUAUUAGUAGAUUGAAGGACCAUAUUGUCAAACAUACGAAAGAGAGAAAUUUUCAUUGUAAUCUAUGUGGCGGGCAGUUUGUUACUUACCCAGCUUUAGUAUACCAUGUAAGGCUACACACAGGUGAAAGGCCAUUUCCCUGUGAUUUAUGUGAUGAAAGUUUUCUUUCAGCAUCUAGAAGAAUGGAACAUAAAAAACGAAAACACAUUGGCCCCACUAAAGCGUGUACUCUGUGUCAUAUGAAAUUCAUUACUAGUCAUCAGCUACGUAAACAUUUCCAGAGGCAUUUUAAUCCAAACAGUAAACUUUUUAUUACAAAAGCUGAUCUAUUAGAAUUACAAAAAUCUGGAAAACUAUUGUAAAUAUAGUUAUCAUUCAACUUUGCAUUGUUAAAA